AUGUUGUGUACACUGCUUGCAUUGCUCGGCCUGUACGUUGGUGCUGUUUGGUUAUACGAAAAUCUUCAUACUCCUGUACUGCUGGUACUGAGAAGCAUUCAACAGUUAGUGUUUCGCCAGAAGCUCCCUCAGCGAUACGGCAAAUGGGCCGUAAUCACCGGUGCAUCGGAUGGCAUUGGAAAGGGUUACGCACAUUAUCUCGCCCGGAAGGGCAUGUCGAUAGUGUUGGUAGCUCGCAACGAAGCCAAGCUCGCUAAAGUGGCUGCCGAAAUCAAAUCGAAACACGGUGUGGAGAUAAAAAUUGUUGUGGCCGAUUUUUCCAAGGGACUAGAAAUCUAUCCGCUUCUUCAAACAGCUCUUACUCCGUUAGAUAUAGGCAUCCUGGUGAACAAUGUUGGCGUUACCCACGGCCCUCCCAUGUAUGUCGACGAAGUAUCUCAACAGAUGCUGUGGGACUUGAUCAAUGUUAAUGUGGCCGCUGUAACGUUGAUGUGUAAUAUCUUAGUGCCCGCAAUGAAACAUCGCCAACGUGGCCUUAUCAUAAACCUUUCCUCGAUCGCGUCCGUGAAUCCAUCACCCUGUAUGGCAACUUACGGUGCAUCGAAAGCUUACACGACAAGCUUCUCGGUAGCGUUGGGAGAAGAGUUACGUCCGUUCGGUGUUGAGGUCCAAACUGUGCGGCCCUCCUUUGUAUACACCAAUAUGACGCACUUCAUGGCGGAAGAUGAGAAGAACACACGAUACCGAAAGUAUCUGGUCCCUCUAGACAACUUCAUGACGUACGCGGGAUACACGAUCGGUAAGGUCUACAUGACCACCGGUCACUGGUCACACGGGCUACAGUUUGCUGCUCUUUAUCUGUUACCGGAGUUCGUACGAGUAAUCAUCAUUGGACAAAUGAACAAGAAGCUGCGUAAUGAAUUCCAUGUUCAAAAGAAGACAAAAGCGCAAUAA